AGCCCACUUGAGAAAAUGUGUGGGAAUUUUGCCAGGUUCAGCUCAGACCUGAAAUGAAGCAAACUGGUUGAGUUUAGGUGAAUGAAUUUUGUAUAGUUGGUGUUGUUUUCAUCAGCCUUCUGCAAAAAAUGAUUCUCUUUUUCAUGAGUUUCUGAAAGGAUGAUGAUGAUGAAGAGAGAUUAGAUCAGAAAAAGGAGGGGGUAGCUGUUAGUACAUGAUGGGAUUCUUCUGCUUUCUUUUGCUGUGUGUUUUUCACUUCUACCUGCUCCUAAGUUUGGCCUCAGGCGCCAGAAAUUUGUCUUCAUCUCAACAACUACAACAAGAACAAAGCCAGAGUGAUGAUGAUGAGGUGGGGCUGCUGUUGGCUUUCAAACAAUCCUCUGUUCAAUCUGAUCCCCAUGGUUUCUUGUCUGAUUGGAAAGCUGAUUCUGCCACCCCUCUCUGCUCAUGGAGGGGCCUCACCUGCUCUUCUGAUGACCACGUCAUCACCAUCAACCUCUCCAACGCUGGUCUCAUUGGCAGCCUACACUUUCCAACUCUCACGGCCUUGCCGAGUCUCCAAAAUCUCUAUCUACAAGGCAAUUCAUUCUCUGCUGCUGAUCUCUCUCUCUCCAACAUAACCUCAUGUAGACUUGAGACUGUGGACUUGUCCUCCAACAACAUCUCUGAACCUUUUCCAAGUCGAUCUUUUCUUCUGAGUUGUGAUCAUCUUGCUUCUGUUAACCUCUCUCACAAUUCAAUCCCUGGAGGCAGUCUCAGCUUUGGUUCUUCUCUGCUGCAGCUUGACCUCUCUCACAAUCAGAUUUCUGAUACAGCCUUGUUGACAUGUCAAAAUCUGAAUCUGCUCAAUGUUUCCACUAACAAGCUCACUGGAAAACUGAGUGAUUCUCUUUUUUCUUGCAAGAAUCUAUCAACCCUUGACCUUUCAAACAAUACUUUUUCUGGGGAAAUACCAAGCAGCUUCCUGGCAAAGGCCUCAGCAUCUCUCGAGUAUUUGGAUCUCUCAAGCAACAAUUUCACUGGAAAAUUCUCCAACCUUGAUUUUGGGCAGUGCAGAAGCAUCACUUUGCUGAAGCUAGCACACAACGCACUCUCUGGGGAUCAAUUUCCUGUAAGCCUUGGUAACUGUCAGGUUCUGGAGACACUGGACCUGUCCAAUAAUAAGCUUGAGAACAAAAUUCCUGGUGUUUUGUUGGGCAAUCUCAAGAAAUUGAGGCAACUGUUUUUGGGUCAUAAUCAUUUUUCUGGUGAAAUUCCAACUGAACUAGGAAAGGCUUGUGGGACUCUUCAGGAGCUUGAUAUCUCGGUUAACAAUCUUUCUGGAGGGUUGCCUUCAAGUUUUACAUCCUGCUCUUCUUUGGUUAGUCUCAACCUUGGUCACAAUCAGCUCUCAGGAAAUUUCCUUAGUUCCAUUGUAAGUAGUCUUCCUAGUUUGAGAUAUCUCUAUGUGCCAUUCAACAACAUAACUGGUCCUGUGCCACUGUCUCUUACCAAUGGUACUCGGCUUCAAGUGCUCGAUCUCAGUUCUAAUGCCUUCACGGGGAACGUCCCUUCAGGGUUUUGCUCCUCCAAUGCUCCCUCAACUUUGGAAAAGAUACUUCUAGCCAACAAUUUUCUCUCCGGGACUGUGCCCACGGAACUUGGAAACUGCAAGAACCUGAAGGCUAUUGAUCUUAGUUUCAACAAUCUGAUUGGUCCAAUUCCUUCAGAAAUUUGGAGCUUGCCAAAUCUCUCUGACUUGGUUAUGUGGGCAAACAACCUCACUGGUGAAAUCCCAGAAGGUAUUUGCAUCAAUGGAGGAAACCUGGAAACUCUGAUUCUCAACAAUAAUCUCAUCACUGGAACCAUUCCCCGGUCCAUAGCCAAAUGCACCAAUAUGAUUUGGGUGUCACUAGCUAGCAACCGCCUUACGGGAGAUAUCCCUUCUGGUAUUGGAAAUCUCAUUAAGCUUGCUAUACUUCAGUUGGGUAACAAUUCACUCUCUGGACAGAUUCCAGCUGAGCUUGGCAAGUGUCAGAGCCUUAUUUGGCUUGAUUUAAACAGCAAUGACCUAAGCGGUUCUAUCCCAUCAGAGCUUGCCAACCAAGCUGGUCUAGUCUCUCCUGGAACUGUUUCCGGGAAGCAGUUUGCAUUUGUGAGAAAUGAGGGUGGGACAUCCUGCAGGGGUGCAGGAGGACUAGUUGAGUUUGAGGGAAUCCGAGCAGAGAGACUAGAAAAGUUUCCUAUGGUGCACUCUUGCCCAUCAACUAGAAUUUACUCUGGCUUGACAGUUUACACAUUCACCAGUAAUGGCAGCAUGAUCUACCUUGAUCUAUCCUACAAUUCCUUGUCUGGAAGCAUUCCCGACGACUUAGGUACACUGUCCUAUCUGCAAAUUUUCAACCUUGGGCACAACAUGCUCACUGGAAAUAUUCCUGAUAGCUUUGGAGGAUUAAAAGCAAUCGGAGUCCUUGAUCUCUCUCACAAUAAUCUUCAGGGCGCUGUCCCAGGAUCCUUGGGGACUCUCUCUUUUCUGAGUGAUCUUGAUGUGUCUAACAACAACCUCAGCGGUCUCAUCCCUUCCGGAGGUCAGCUGACCACUUUCCCAGCAUCCAGCUUUGAAGGAAAUCAAGGCUUAUGUGGCCCUCCAACUCCCAAGCUUUCUUGCCCUCAAAGCCCUCCACAAGUACUUGAAGUUACUCAGAGAUAUAAGACACAGACCAUUCUUAUUGCACUCAGCUUUGGGAUCUUCUUUGGCAUUGGCUUUGGUACUGGUUUUAGCAUGGAUUAUAAAAAAUUUCCAAUAAUUGGCAGGCGUAUGAAGUAACUAAUUUUGUUUGUGUGUAUUUAUACCUGAUACGUAGGUUUGAUGUGCCUUCAUUUUGAUCAAUGUAUGGGAAUUCAUAUAUCAAAUAAAUGACUUCGAA